CAUUUUCAUUUCUGGCACGCUCGCGAGUGGACGUGCGGAUACCCCGAUAAUAGCCAUAGUCCCAGUUCGAUAUACACCUAUAUAUAAUACACACAUAUAUAUAAUAUAUAUAGAAAGGUGAAAAGAUCUGAUCGAAGAUCUUUCACCUGUCGCGCCGGGCGUGAGGGUGCAAAGUUUGUUGUGCCGAAGGCUUAGCAUCAGUAAGCGCAGCGCGAGUGUCCUGAUUAAUCCCCCAAAGCCACCAAAAUAUUCUACAAAAUAGCGAAAAUCAGUUUUGAAAUCUGUUUUUGUGAAGAAAGAGCCAGAGAGUGAAAGGACUUGCCGCCAAGGCAUGCGAAUAAAUUUGCAAAAGUUACGUGAAUCAUCAGCGAACUGCCGAGUCCAACCCAACCAGAACAGUUAACAGCCAAGAAACAGGCCCCGCUCAAGGGCGCCUCGGAUACCGUUAGCCGGAAGUCGGCACCCAGAGCCAGAGGAAGAGGAAAAGGAAGAAAAGCAGAAGUAACGUGAGCCAUGGAGCAAUUUGAGCAGCUGCUGACGUGCUGCGUCUGCCUGGACAGGUACCGCAUCCCGAAGCUGCUGCCAUGCCAGCACUCCUUCUGCAUGGAGCCCUGCAUGGAGGGUCUGGUGGACUACGUGCGGCGACAGGUCAAGUGCCCGGAAUGCCGUGCCGAACACCGGAUACCCUACAACGGCGUGCAGGCCUUCCCCACCAACGUCACCCUGCAGAGAUUCCUGGAGCUGCACAUCGAAAUAACCGGAGAACUGCCCGAUCCCACUUCAGGUCAAAUUAUGGAACGAUGCGGUGUCUGCUCGGAAAAGGCCUACUUGUCCCAUUGUGCGCAUUGCGAGAAGAAAAUCUGCGAGGACUGCAAGAGUGCCCACAUGGACAUUCUAAGGCGAGAGAUUACGCGAUUUAACUCACAGAUUCGUCGCAGCUUGCACCGUCUCCAGGACUCUUUGGCCAUUAUCGAGAAGAACACACUGAGCCUGCAGACCAACGCCAUUAGCGUAACGGAGGAGAUCGACGAGAUCUACCGCAGGAUCACCAAGGCCAUCAAGGACCGCUCUGAUCAGCUGAAGGGCGAGAUCGAUCGCUACUUGGCCGUGGAACUGCGCAACCUCACCACCCUGAAGGAGAAUCUCGAUCUGGAAAUCACCAAUAUCAGCAGCAACUGUGACAUUGUGGACAAGUACAUGAACGAGACCGUCGAGUGGGACGAUUGCGAGCUAAUGGACACCAAGGAGAUAUUCCUAAAGACGGUGGAGUUCCUGCGUCACUUCGAGUACGAGAACAAUGACUACAGUAGGAGGGUGAGGUUCCUGGUGUCGAUUGACCCGAACCAGUUGGUGAUGAACCUGGCCACCUUCGGGGAUCUGAACAUUGCCCCGCACUCGACGCCUAGCGGUGGCUCGGUGAGCAGCUCUCACCUGGCUCCGCCCAGUGCCCUUCAACCGGGCCUGAUGCGGUCCAAGAGCGACCACCGCUUGGCCACCCAGUUCCGACAGCAGGAGGAGCGGGGCGGCUACAACGACGAGCCUGUCCUCGGUGGCCGAAAGUUCGGAGAACGCCCGCAGCGCAGUGCCACCCAUGCCAACAACGAUCGCUACGGUCGGGGUGGAGACUACGACUACGAGAACGACUAUGAGAACGAUGGUUCCUCGGGCAGGGCUGGCAAGUCCUCGCGCUUCCGCUCCCGCUUUGUGCGAUCCCAUCAGAACGACGACUCCGACUCGGAGCAGCAGCAACAGCAGCGCCAGCAGGAGCUGAAGGAGCGAAAGGACCGUGUCCUCGACAGCGAAGAUGUGUCCCGCGGCCAGCUCAGCGGCAUUAUCCGCUUGAGCGACUGCGCCCGCGUUGUCCAGCGCUUGGCGGACAUUGGCAAGGAGAAACCCGAGAAGAAGUCCGAUGGCGCGGCAGCAGCCCAGGCAGCGAUUCAGGCGGCCAUUCAGGCCCAAAAGACGGCCAUGCAAAGGCAGCAGCAGAAGAACCAGCAAGCAGCCGCCGACGAGGAGGAACUGGCCCGCCAGAAGCGAAAGAACGCAGCGGGCUCCGGGUCCGGUGCAGGAUCUGGUGCCUCCGGAAGUGCGGAGACUGCCGGUGACCAGCGCGUGGCAGCCUUGAAGAACCGCGGCGGCGAGGACAGCGACGGCAGCUCCAAUCAGGCGGCGUCUCCAGUGCGUAACAGUGCAGCAUCCGCGACGCGGGCCGAGGUAAGUGUGAAUGAGACAAAUACAGAAGAAGAAGCCCUAGCCAGCGAAAGCAGUGACAGCGAAGAAGAGGAAGAAGAUACAGAUGAGUCUGAAGAAAGUGAAGUAGAACAGGAGGCAGGUCUAAGGCCACAGGACCAUCUUGAUGUGCCGGAAGCUAGCCAGGAUGCCUCGUCGGCUUCCGAGGUUACAGAGGAGGAAGAAUCCUCUUCUGAAUACGAAGAAGAAACAGCCACCGAAAGCGAAGAAGAAGGGGAGGGGGAAGAAGAAUCGGGAGAAACAGCACAAACUGAGCAGCCAAAGGAAGAAGAAUCUCUUCAAAGAAUAACGCCUCCAGAGAUAAAUGUACUUCCGCCUGAAAGUGACCUUAACCACAAAGUAGAUGAAAGUCCUUCAGAGAAUAUAUCCGAAAAUCCCGAAGAAGAUAGUCAAAAAAGUGAAGAAGAAGCUCAAAAAUCCAAGGAAGAGUUGGCAGCACCCAGGGAAGAAGCUGCGGAAGAAUCGAGCAGCGAGUACGAGUAUAUAGAAGAAGAGUCGAAACCACCCGUUUCCGCUCAGGUGGCGGCCGUGAAGAAGACCCAGCGAUCCGGAAGCAGCGACAGCAGCGCCUCCACGGAGAGUUCGGCCAGCUCGGCGGCAGCCACGGCGGCUGCGGCAACCGCCUCGGCAAAUGCCACGCCCAGUGGCAGCAGCACCGCAACCUCGCAGCAACAGCAGAAGGCCGGCAGCUCAGCCCGCUAUUCAACCGCCAAGGAAACUACUGCGGCCCCUGAAAAGAAGCCUUUUGUUAGCCGUUUCCUGCCGCAGCACAACAAUGCCGGAAGCUCGAACGGCUCGGCGGACAAGAAAAAGGCCGAGUCCAGCUCCAGCAGCGAAGAGGAGACCAGCUCCGAGUCUGAAUCCGAGUCCGAGACGGAGAGCAAGCCCAAGACGAGUGCGGCUAGCAGCAGCACAAACACCAAAUCCACGCCAAGUAGUGCCACUAGUUCCACCACCGCGGCCAGUGGUUCCUCCAGCUCCUCGUACAGGGAUCGCCUGGAGGCCCGCCGCGCCUCUCGGGACGACAGCUCCACGACGGCGGGACGCAGCAGCUAUGCCACGCCCUCGAGCAGCGGCUAUGGCAGCAGCAGUACCACCCGCACCCGGGCGGUACCAGCCCCCCACCACACCAGCGAGAGCGAAGACCGCUAUGGCAGCGGAGCAGGCAGCAGCUACACAAGCCGCUUUCUAAACAAAAGCAAGAGCAGCGCCAUUGUAACGCAACCCUCGCUAUCCACGCCCACCGCCUCCUUUGAUGAGGACGCCACCGGAACGGGCGACGACUCGGACGGUCGCUACGGCACGGGCAGAUCCCGUUAUCUGGCAAUGAAGGAGCGCCGCACCCGGCUGGCGCGCAGUCGCUCCUCCCACCAAUUUGGCAACGACGACGACGACCUGGAUGAGCCGGUGUCCCCCACCACCGUCUCGCCGUCCGCUUACCUGGCCUCAAGGUACAGCGGCUACGGUAGCAGCGACCUCUCCCGCAGCCGCUCCUCGCACGCCCUUAAGUCGCGCGACAACUCCCCGAUCACGGACCGCGGGGGUGCGGGUUCCUCCCGCUCCGGCGGCCUGAGCGCCGGCAGUUCCGCGACGGACAGCAAGGACGGCGAGGCCCUUAGCUCUUGGGCGCGCUACCUCAAGAACAAGUACGGCAACAAGAGCAGCAAGGACUCUGCCGGGAGCAGUGGCAGCGCACGCGACACGCACGCCGGCACCUCCUCGACGGGAGCGUCGUCGUCGACGUCGUCGCAUGCGCACGGCUACGGCAGCGGUACCAGCGGCAGUGGCGCCGGCAGCGGGAGUGGACGCAGCACCGCCAGCGACGUGUCGCGGCGCCUCAGUCUGGGUCUCCCUCUGCGGCAGGCCAACGAACUGGCCUCCUCCGAUGAUGACGGGUCAAAAAACGGGCUAGGCUCCCCUACGUCCCCUACGGUAGCAGCAGCAGCCGGUAUAACCGGAGCGGCAGGUACUAUCCCUAAACAGAUAUACCUUCGCAAGCGUCAGCAGCUGUUCCAGCUGGGGGGCCGGGGGAGCGAGCCCGGAUCCUUCACGUGGCCGCGCGGCUUGGCCGUCGGCCCGGACAACAGCAUCGUGGUGGCUGAUUCCAGCAACCACCGGGUGCAGGUCUUCGACUCCAAUGGCAUCUUCGUCAAGGAGUUCGGCGAGUACGGCAACGGCGAGGGCGAGUUCGACUGCCUGGCCGGGGUGGCCGUCAAUCGCAUCGGCCAGUACAUCAUUGCCGAUAGAUACAAUCAUCGCAUACAAGUGCUCGAUCCCCAAGGACGAUUCCUGCGCGCCUUCGGUUCGCAGGGCACCGCAGAUGGCAAAUUCAAUUAUCCUUGGGGCGUAACAACCGAUGCACUCGGCUUCAUUUACGUGUGCGAUAAGGAGAACCACAGAGUGCAGGUUUUCCAAUCCGAUGGCUCCUUCGUUGGCAAAUUCGGUACCUGCGGCCGUGGCGAGGGACAACUUGAGCAUCCGCAUUAUAUAGCCGUAUCGAACACGAAUCGUGUGAUUGUUUCCGAUUCGAAUAACCACAGGAUUCAGAUUUUCGACGUCAAUGGCAAGGUGCUGUCCACGGUAGGCGGCGAGGGAUCCGACGAUGGCCAGUUCAAGUUUCCACGCGGAGUGGCCGUGGACGAUCUGGGAUAUAUUUUCGUGGCCGAUUCGGGCAACAAUCGCAUACAGAUCUUCAAUCCGGAUGGCAGCUUCCUGAAGACCUUCGGCUCCUGGGGCUCCGGCGACUCGGAGUUCAAAGGACUCGAGGGCGUGGCCAUCAUGUCGAACGGCAACAUUUUGGUGUGCGACCGCGAGAAUCACCGCGUCCAAGUCUUCUGAUUCAGGGAGUCUUCAGAAAACAAUUGCAUUAUCUCAUUUUGUCAUUAAUUAUUAUUUGUUCGGAAGUGCCAAGGCAAUUAUUGUCUCUAUUUCUGCGCCCAGAAAUUCUGCCAAUUAACCAAGAGAAAAGCUGAGAAAAAAAUCGAAAACUUUUUGUUAAACUAAAGCGAAAAAAAAGAAACCUUUAAAUAAAAAAAAGCGAAAACUCGUCAGAGUUUGAGUGAAAUA